GAACUACUGAACAAAAGAGCUAAGGGAAGAAGCAGGAACAUGAACAAAGGGUGGAAGCCUAUAAAAAUUUAUGUCAAUGAUGGCUCAGGAGGUUCAAACAUAAAGUAUGCAGAAAGUUAUAGAGUUUAUGCUCUCAAAGGUGAAAAGCCUUCAUUUAAGAACAGCUAUUCUAACGCAUAUCCUCAAAAGCUAACGGAUGGGGAAGUGGAUGAUAUGAAUGACAGCAAAAAUAUUAACAGAAAUGGCGACAGAGAUGCAUGGAAUUUGUUUACCAUCAGUCAAUUGAAGGUUAAACUUUAA